AUGGCUGCCAGUAAGUCGGUCAAGUUUGCGUACAAUAAUUCUGUAGUGAACUGGAUGCGCAAGUUCGCAUGGAAUCACCUCUGGGGAGGUCGUGAGUAUGGCUUGCAGUUCCAUGACACGUAUUUUGAGCCUGCUCCGGAAGUCACUGAGGCCCUGCGGCGUCUCAACUUGAAGGAGCCUCAUCUUUUCGACCAAAGAAAGGUGAUGCGGCUCUCGCACGCCCACACCUUAGCACUCCACGGCGAGAAGCACCCACAGAAAAGUGACUUCAGUGGACAUGAGACAUGGUAUCUGAAGCCGUAUCUGGACGAAAUCGAGGCCGAAAAGAAGGCUAGAGCGGAGACCACUGGAUUGAUUCCUCCCUUCGAAAUGAAGCAAAACGAAGGACAUUAA